UGUCUCCGUUACCGAGGUCGCGGAACCUGGAUCAUGAUCGUCACCAAGCGAACGCAAGCCUCGGGUGCGUGCGGGGAACGGGACCUCAAACGCCGUACGUCCAUGCCCGCCGCCGUCGUCGUACCAUCUCUCGCCUAUCCCAAUAUCCCCCACGCGCACAAUCCCACCGUCCCUCAAUCACGUUUGCUUGUUGGAUAGGUAGUUUCUUUCUUUCCAAACUGCCAUUUCCGAGGUUGUUGUCGGUAUCAUCCUGUCGCUACGAUGGCAGUGACGACAAUGCCGUCCGAUCCGUCGUUCGGAGCGAUCAUAGUCGGCGGCGGCAACGCCGGCUACAGCGCUGCCACGACGGCCGCCCAGGCCGGCGUCAGAAACGUCCUGCUGAUCGAGAAAGGCCCCGUGGGCACCGGGGGAAACACCUAUUUCACCGCCGGUGCCUAUCGCACCGUCUUUGCUGGCCUGGCUGACGUUCUCCCCCUGGUGUGCAAUGUGGCUCCGGAAGAGGCCGAGAAGAUCGAUAUGGAGGCGUAUACGGAGCAAGACUUCAUGGCGGAUCUGAACCGCAUGACGGAGGGAAGAACGGACCCGGUGUUGGCGCGGACGUUGGUGCGCGAGUCGAGAGACGCCGUGGGGUGGCUGAAAAGUGUCGGUGUGCAGUUUACGCUGUCGUUUAAUCGCCAGGCGUAUGUCGUCGAUGGGCGCCAGAAGUUCUGGGGCGGGAUGGUCCUCAGUGUGAAAGACGGCGGCAAGGGCCUCGUCCACGACCAUCAGACAGCAGCAGCGGCGGCCGGGGUUACAAUCUGGUUUGACACGCCCGCGCUCUCGCUUAUCACCUCCGCCAGCGGCGCGGUAAUCGGCAUAGAGGUCCUCCACUCCGGUGUGCCAACGAGACUACUCUCGCCAUCGGUAACCCUCGCAUGCGGCGGCUUCGAAUCCAACUCCCGAAUGCGCGCACAGUGUCUCGGGCCGGGAUGGGACUUGGCCUACGUCCGGGGCACACCGUACAACAACGGCGACGGCUUCGCGAUGACCGAGAACCUGGCCCAAACUGUCGGUAACUGGAGCGGGUGCCAUUCCACUGCCUGGGACGCGGCAGCGCCAAAGGACUUCGGUGACCCGGUUCUUACGAAUGCAUACACCAAGUCCGGGUACCCCCUCGGAAUCGUGGUGAAUGCGGAGGGGAAACGCUUCGUCGACGAAGGUGUCGACUUCAGGAACUUUACGUAUGCCAAGUUCGGCCGCGAGAUCUUGAAGCAGCCCGGUGGCGUGGCGUGGCAGCUGUGGGACGACAAGACGAUCGGCUGGCUCAGGAGCGAGGAGUAUGCGGACGAUGUCGCGAAGCAGAAGAUCACGGCGGCCACACUGGAGGAGCUUGUAGGAAAGAUGUUCGCCGCCUACUCGGACCAGCAGGCCUUUCUCGCCACGCUGGACGAAUACAACCAAGCUGUGCAGGCAAACCGCACGGAAUUCCCAGAGCGGAAGUGGGACCCCGCGGUCAAGGACAGCUUGUCGACCCAGUCGUCAACCAGGCGACUAGCCCUGCCAAAAUCGAACUGGGCGCUGACGAUCGACAAGGCGCCGUUCGUGGCGGUCAAGGUUACGUGCGGAAUCACGUUCACGUUUGGAGGGCUCAAGAUCGAUCCAGACACUGCGGCUGUCAUCUCGAAACAUACCGAUGACCCGGUUCCAGGGCUGUUUUGUUGUGGCGAAAUGGUCGGAGGACUGUUCUGGGGGAAUUAUCCAGGUGGGAGUGGGUUGACGGCUGGCACGGUGUGGGGACGCAAGGCUGGUAGGGAGGCGGCGAAAUUGGCCGCCGCCGCGGGGAUGACGGCGUGAUGGAUCAUGGAUCAAUGAAGCAGAAUGAACAAGACGGUAAUCAGCCACAAGUAGCUAUUACCGUGGUCCCUAGACACCGUUCCCCCCAUAACCUUC